GAGAUUAGUGAAGAGUGAAAGGGAAGGGUGUCGACUAAAAUUUAUAUUUGAAAGUGGUAAAGUGAGCGAGGAGAAUCUAAGGGGACAAUAUAAAGGUUGAAGUUGUAAAACCAAAGAGAAGCAACUGUUAGAGAGUUCUUGGGGGAGAGGGCUAAGUCCAAAGUAGUAUUGCAACAACCUCGAAGCUAGUUCAAACUAGUGGGAGGUUGUCUGCAUAUAGGAGAUCAGAUCAGAUUAGAAGAACAUCAAAACAUCAAAGGUUGAAGGUUGAGAUAUUGUGAUCGUUUUCGUCCGAUGGGUCGUGGAAGAGUUCAGAUGAAGCGCAUUGAGAAUCCGGUGCACAGGCAGGUUACCUUCUGCAAGCGCCGAGCUGGCCUCCUUAAGAAGGCUAAGGAGCUCUCUGUUCUGUGCGAUGCUGAAAUUGGAGUCGUCAUUUUCUCCGCUCAUGGAAAGCUCUAUGAACUAGCCACCAAAGGGACCAUGCAAGAGCUUAUUGAGAGGUAUGGCAAGUACACUGGAGGACCUCCGGCUGAUGAACCCAUGGUGGAACCUAUGGAUGCAAAAAAGGAGAUUGAGAUGCUGAAGCAGGAGAUAGAAAUACUUCAGAAAGGGCCGAGGUACAUGUUUGGGGGAUGUGAAUAUAUGUCCUUAAAUGAAUUGCUUGUACUUGAAAAGCAUUUAGAAAUUUGGAUCAAUCAUAUUCGAUCUACCAAGAUCGACAUUAUGUUUCAAGAAAUCCAAAUGUUAAGGAACAAGGAAGGGAUCAUGACAGCUGCAAAUAAAUGUCUUCAUGAAACGAUAGAGGAGAACAUCAGCUACACUGACUUUACUACAAUGACCACUAAUAUGAUGCAUCCACUAACCAUAGCAAAUAAUAUAUUUUGAGUUUAGAAAUUUAUGUAUCAUCAUAUAUAUAUAUAUAUAUAUAUAUAUAUAUAUAUAUAUAUAUAUAAUAAGAGCUAUUUGUGUUGUAUAAUAGUGAAUAAUCAAGUGUACUUGUUCAGGUGUUCCUGUUUUUGUUCAUGUUGUUGUGAUGAAAU